AGGAAGACAGGAACCAUGGCGGACGACAAGAAAGUCAAGAAGAAGAAGAAGGUCAAGGAAGAGGAACCUGCCCCGGCUCCUGCCCCUGCUCCUGCUCCCGCCCCCGAGCCUGCUGCCCCCGCCCCGUCUCCUGCCGUGACCCCCGCAGCCACCCCCGCCUCCUCGAAGCCCUCCUCCCGCAAGUCCUCCUCGAAGAAGGCCAAGAAGACCGGCUCGAAUGUGUUCGACAUGUUCACGCAGCGCCAAGUGGCCGAGUUCAAGGAGGGCUUCCAGAUGAUGGACCGAGACAAGGACGGCGUCAUCGGCAAGUCGGAUCUCCGGGCGGUCUUCGACGACGUAGGCAAGAUCGCCACCGACAAGGAGCUUGAGGACAUGCUCGGAGAAGCCCCAGCGCCCAUCAACUUCACGAUGCUGCUGCAGAUGUUCGCCGAGAGGAACAGCGGGUCCUCCGACGACGAUGACGUGGUCGCUGCCGCCUUCAAUGCUUUCAGUCAGGACGGAUGGAUCGAUGGAGACAUGUUCCGCCACGCCCUCAUGACCUGGGGGGACAGGUACUCGGCCCAGGAAGCCGACGACGCCUUCGACCAGUUCGACAUGGACGACAGAGGCUUCAUCGACACCGCCGCCGUCAUCGAGAUGCUGACGGGCAAGGGCGACGUCGAGGGCGAAGCCUAAGUCACGAGUCCGAACGCGGUUGGGGGCGCGUCACAACAAAUUUUCUCACUUUUUAAGUUAUUUAAGCUAUUUUAUUUAUUCAUAUAUUUUUGUCUGUGGCCCAUGGAUGCUAUAAGGUUUUCCUUGCGCCCGCCUGACAGAAGUAUGAAGUUAUCUUUUAAUUUACACAUACUGUAUAACCGCAUAUGAUAUAUAUAUAUAUAUAUAUAUAUAUAUAUAUAUAUAUAUAUACAUAUGUAUAUAUAUGUAUAUAUAUAUGUAUAUAUACAUGUAUAUAUAAACACAUACAUAUAUACAUGCACAUACAACUACACAUGCAUUGAGUUCCUACUUAUUUUUAUAUUCGAAACCCAUUCUUUCCUCACACAAACACCUAUGAGUAAUAACUCCAUCCUUUAUAUGAGGACAGCCCUUAAUUUGGCAGCCUAAAACGAUCUUUAUUUUUUGCAUUAUCAAGAAUGCAAAAAAACAGAGACCAAUAGAUUAAGGAAAUACAAGAAAGAGGGAAAAAUAAAUUACCUCAGUUACCCCUCGCCUUGUGGAUGACGUUCUAAUCGUCAGCUCUUGGCUUCGGUUUUGCAAUUAUGAAUAAAGAAUAAACUUCUGA